AUGGCUUCGAUACUCACAACAACCGAGGCGCAGUCUCGUCGCCGCGAACAAUACCAUGAAGCCGAUGUCGUCGUUGUAGGAGCCGGUGUAUUCGGAUGCGCCAUGGCCUACGCUCUCGCCAACCAGGGCCGAUCCGUCCUUCUGCUCGAGCGAUGGCUCAAGGAGCCCGAUCGCAUUGUCGGCGAGCUUCUCCAGCCUGGCGGUGUCGCCGCCCUUCAGAAACUCGGCCUCGGACACUGCGUUGAUGGCAUCGAUGCUGUGCCUUGUUACGGAUACACCGUUUUCUACCACGGCGAAAAGGUCCUUGUACCUUAUCCUGGUAUCGACGAUGGCGGAAAUCCUACACAUGCUUGGGGAGGUCAUAGUACAGGAGACAGGAGCACGAGACCUUCAGGAUGCAGUUUCCACCACGGCCGCUUCAUCAACAAGCUACGAGAGUCAUGUAUAGCCCAUAAGAACAUUACUGUUGUUGAGACUGAGGUUGUCAAGACACUGCGCGGAGAGGCGUCGGACCAGAUCCUAGGUGUCGAGAGUCGCACCAUGAAUAAAGAGACAGGCAAGAAAGAACAGGACUACUACUUUGGACAAUUGACCGUUAUCUGCGAUGGUUACGACUCCAAGUGGCGCCAGGAGGUCCUCCAGUCCAAGCCCAAGGUCUGCUCAAAGUUCUACGCUCUUGAGCUCAUCGAUUGCGACCUCCCUGAGCCUGGCCACGGCCAUGUGAUUAUCGGCAACGCUUUCCCUAUCCUUCUCUACCAGAUCGGCACACACGAGACCCGCGCUCUUAUCGACGUGCCUCAAGGUAUUCCUGAAGCUUCACCCGAGAACGGCGGUGUUCGUGGCUACAUCCGCAACUUCGUCCUACCUGCGCUUCCUGCUUCGAUCCGACCAUCAGCUGAGAAGGCCCUCGAAGACGGCAAAAUUCCCCGAAGCAUGCCCAACAGCUGGCUUCCUCCCACGAAACAGCGCGCCAACGGAGCAAUCCUUCUCGGCGACGCUAUGAACAUGCGCCACCCUCUUACAGGUGGUGGUAUGACUGUUGCAUUCAACGACGUUGUUAUCCUGUCUGAGCUCCUGCACCCCGAUAAGGUCGGUGAUCUUGGCGAUUCUAAGUUGGUCAACAAUGCGCUCGACGAGCUUUACUGGAAGCGCAAGCCUUUGACAGGAAUUAUCAAUGUUCUUGCUCAGGCUCUUUACUCUCUGUUCGCUGCUAACGACCGCCAACUACGUGCUCUUCAGCAUGGAUGCUUUACCUACUUCAAGCGCGGCGACACUGACGGUCCUGCUUCUCUCCUCGCUGGUAUCCUCCACCGUCCUUUCAUCCUCUUCUACCACUUCUUCUCCGUCGCCUUCCUGGCUAUCUGGCUCAACGCCUGCUCCGUUAUCGGUUGCGGAAUCUUUGGUAUCUUCAAGUUCCCUCUGGCCAUCAUCGACGCCCUCCUCAUCCUCUGGAAGGCAUGCGUUGUUUUCGUGCCCAUUAUGUGGCGCGAGACUUUCCAGUAG